AUGGACGAAGUUAUUAAGACGAAUAACUACCGGAAACAUAUUAUGAAAGAUGGAACUCCAGACAUAUGCCGAGCUUGUCAUAAGCCUGGAGAAUCCAUUAGACAUGUUGUUUCCGGUUGUAGUCAUGUUACUAACGCGAACUCUUCGAGCCUGCUAUGCGGGCGCACUAAAGAGGUGGAGGUUGGCGGAAACGUCGGAGCCGGUGCAGCGCUAGCGCUCACUCUCCUGCGCCCCCCAUCCUCCACCUCGAAUAGUCCUUGCCAGCUGCGCCUAAGCGCACCAGAUGCUACAGCCUUCACUGUCCGUCUUAUCGAUGUUAAGGAAUCGUUAGCAGAAUGGGAGCGUGGUUUAGGCGACAUGGAAGCGCCUGCUCCGGUAGCGAGCGCGCAAGGGCGCAAGUGGAGCAUGCAAAGUGCGCAUGCGCAGGACACAGCCCCAGACGAGACCUCGCACGUCACCAACUCGACUGAUUCUUGUAAACUUCUUGUGUUUAUCGGUGAAUCAAGAACGCCAAUAUGGAAGCUAUCGUUGUGCGGAGGUAACGCAGCCACGGUGGCGGCGAGGGCGGGUACCAAGCUGUUACCACCGAAGAUACGGAUCGCUUGGAACCCGCCCUCCACGGCCUACCACUACACUGAGAAGUUGCGUCUUGUGGUGACUGCUGUUUAUAGUGGUUCAGUUUGCAACAAUGAAUCUCAAUUCGUAUGCGGCGGGACAAGCUUAUGCAUAUCUUCCUAUCUGGUCUGUGACGGUGUCCGCCACUGUCCGGGGGGUGAAGACGAGGACUCCAACGCCUGUUCCCAUCGCCGUGACUCCCCGCUCCUGGAGAUGCUGAGGAGGUUCGCGGCUAGGAACCAGGAGUUGUUGGGUCUGGAUCAGCCUGAUGGUGUAACCAAACCUUCCGUUAUAAUGAAGAUAACCGAAGGUGAACAGAAACAGAACGCGUUUAUGGAGUUCGCAGCAGCUCUGAAGCCCUAUGGUCCAUGGAGUUAUCUCGUGGUCGGGAUGCUGGUCUGCGCAACUAUACUCAUGUUCUGUCUGGCUUGGGAAUGUUGCUGCAAACGCUCGAAGCCAUCAGACACCCCGGUCAUACCAGCCUCGUGUAUGGAUCUCUCCCCGACUGUCACAGUUACCGCAUCCUCCCAGCAACUAUUCGACACUAUCCCCCCUUCUCCGCCAGAAUACGAGCCUCCCCCCUCCUAUUCCUCAUUAUUCCCCAGAGCCUACAAAUCCUCUCCCUCCCCAGUACCACACUGCUCUCACCAGGAGCCUCCAGACUGAUAGAUUAAUAUUACAUAAUGGGUGUUGCGAACUAUAGCCAAAUCAUACUGUAAAUUAAUUAGUUUAGUGUUCUGUAAAAAUGAAGAUAAUCAAGUAAUUUAGGAGCUGAGCUCGAUUUUGUUUGAGAUACAGUCUGUUGUCUGUGAACUAAAAAAAUAUUAAACUAAAAAAUAUUAAAGUCUAUAGAAAAGCGACUUGUCUAUGAUUGUCUAUUGAACGAUGCGUUUUGACUAAAGUUAUAUUGUUUGCUCUUACUGUUGAUAUUUUCAAAUAUCAUCUUUAUUUAAAUAACUUAAAAUAAAAACUUAACAGUCUUUGUUAACUGAUAAUAAAAUCUGAAAAAAUAAUAUAUGAAAGUGAUGUACAAUUAAAAAAAGAAAUAUUUGUCACUCGUAAUCUCAACAAAAUUUGAAGAUAAACACGUAAUCUUUCAUUAUGACAUUAUGAUUCGAAUUUAUAGAAUGAGUAAAAACAUAUAAUAACAAAGACAACAUUUGUAUAGAACAAGAACCUUUUCAAUAUACUUUCGCUAUGAAAAAUAAUUAAAUUUAUAUUAUUUGUACAAGACACAAAAAGACGAUUCGAAAUUGGACGAUAAUUUCUAAUAGACAGACUGUAUUUUGUAAAUAUUCUCUGAUACAUGCAAACUAUAGAUUACAAGACAAAAUCAUAAAAAAUAUGAUUUAGUAUGUUCUGCUGUAUAUAUUGUAUGAACGCCAUAGUUUAAGUACAACGUUUGCUUACAUUUGGGACCAAUUUAUAUUUUAUUCAACAUUUUCUACUCACUAUGUACCUCACGAAAAAUAUGGUAGCAGUUGUUAUACUAAAGUUUGUUCAUUUAGUAUGAAUCGAAAAAAUAUUUUACUGUUUUAUACCCUUAAGAGUUGAGGCCAUCUAUAUCAUGGUAUCAUCUAAUUCAAAUCAGUGUUCAGAAAAUAAAUAUUAUUUCAGAAAUAAUUAGUUGUUCUAAUUUUGCUAAAAUUAUUUUUAAAAAAUCAUAACUUGUAAAAGCUUGAAAAUUAGGUUAUUAAUUUUAGGUCACUAUUUAUGUAACCUUAUGGUCAUGUAAUUUUAAACCACAAAUUUAACUAUUUUUUUCCUUUUUUUGUGUCUUACAUUAUCAUGCCUAUACCUAUAUAAUGACCUCACCUUCAACGCUGUUAUCUACAAAGUGGGCUUUAAUACUGAUGUUACCUCUGAAGAAAUUUUUAUGACUACUUCACUAAAUUUGACUGUGAAUAAUCUAAUUAUUUCUAUAUUAGUACAUAUUUUAGGUAUUUUGGUAUCAUAUUAUAAAAAUGUUAUUUGCGAGUACAUAAUUAAAAAAAAAACAAACAUCUCAUCCUUACAUUCAAUUUUUUUAGUAUUUAAGGCUUAGUGUUCAACAAUUUUAUGAUUAAACUAGUCUUGUUAGAAUCUAUUUUAAUUACCUAGAAUAUGUUUAGUAUUCCAGACCUAGGAUAUUGGGUAAAAAUGAUUAAUAUUAAGAUCAUUUGUAAAAUAUUCAGAUUUAUAAUAAACGUACCUAAGCAUUAUAAAGUGAGUGAUAUAUAUUAUAAGAUAAAUACAUACUAAAAUACGAUAAUAUAUAUUUAUUUGAAAAA